UGUGAGUGAAAAUGCGAGUGAGCUAGUGAUGUGCCAGUGUCGAUAAAAGUGCAAUAUGUCGAUGCUUUUGGUGGUCGGCGUUUUGUUGAUGCAGUGCGCGUGGAGCCGGCAAGAAAAUCUUAUUGAGGAAUCAACUGCCAUUGAAUCCCUCCACGCACCGACAGGGGGCGGGGUAGAGCUACCCUGUGACGUCACACCAGCGUUACCUGAUGACCGAAUGGGACUGGUCAUCUGGUACAAGCAAGGGCACGACGCUCCAAUAUACUCGCUUGACACCAGAGAAGGAGUGACGUCACACUGGUCGGACCCCGGCACUUUAGGCACCAGGGCGACGUUUCGCAGCGACACUAGACCCGCUGUGCUAGUGCUGACAAAACUUAGGCCAGAAGACAGCGGGCAGUAUCGGUGUCGAGUGGACUUCAUAAAAUCGCCCACAAAGAACACAAGGCUCAACCUUACAGUACUCAUACCACCGGAGCGUCUGAUCAUCCUGAACCAGGAGGGUAAUGAGGUGCAGGGCGGCAUACUUGGGCCCUACGAUGAAGGGGCUGAGGUCAAUUUGACCUGCGUCGCUGUUGGCGGUCGACCAACAGCACGAGUGUCAUGGUGGAAGUCUCACGCCCUUCUCGCAAAUUCCGAAGCCAGAGCUGCGGUCAGUUUUAGACUACAGCGCUCGGAUUUAGGCACGGAGGUUACUUGUCAGGCGGUGACGGAUCCAUCUUUGGCGCCAGUUUCCGAGAGUCUGUCCAUUGACGUUAACCUGCGUCCCCUCUGGGUCCGACUGCAAGGCGGCAAGCGACCUCUAGUGGCAGGACAGAAAACUGAAUUAAUCUGCCAAGCUGUCGGUGCAAGGCCGAAACCCUCGAUAACAUGGUGGCGGGGUGGAACAAAGCUCAAGAACGUUAGAGAAACUACAUCCACGGAUGGCAACAUCACCAACAGCAUAUUGACCUUCGAACCAGCCAUCGAUGACGCAGGGAGGGUCCUAUCUUGCCGAGCGACUCAACCUUCCCUACCUCACUCUACACAUGAAGAUGGCUGGAAAAUGGAGAUCCAACAUCUACCGUUGGUCAAGCUUGAGUUGGGAGCGAACCUGGACGCCAGCAAAGUCGUUGAAGGAUCGGAUGUGUACAUCGACUGCAGGGUUCGAGCUAACCCUUGGCAUACGCACGUACAUUUCACACACAACGACGUGAUAGUGAAACCCGGGCCAGGGGUUCUCGUAGCCAACCAGAGUCUAGUGCUUCAGAAGGUGUCCAGAAAAGCGGCAGGGGCUUACGUCUGUGCUGCCAGGAAUGCUCUGGGAGAAGGAUUUAGUGAGAAACUCAUGUUGGAUGUUAAAUACACCCCUACGUGCAAAUCUCCUCAGCCUGCCGUUUUGAGGGCCGCGAGAGGAGAACUCAUCGAAAUCGAGUGCGAUCUAGACGCCAACCCUAAGGAAUCUAUGACGUAUCACUGGUGGUUCAACAGUUCUGCGCACAGCAAGCAUGAGCUUACGGCAGCUUCUACGUUAAACGCUGCUCAGAGUGGUACCUAUUUAUACAUGGUCAACACAUCAUCAGACUACGGGUGGGUGCAAUGCUCGGGCACCAACAGCGUCGGGCGGCAGACGAAACCCUGUCUCUUCCAUAUUUUACCUGCAGAUAAGCCAUCAGCAGUCAAAGCCUGUGAGAUUACGAACGUAACUUAUGACUCUUUGACUCUGAACUGCACGCCAGGACAUGAUGGCGGUAUAAGACAGGCUUUCUUGCUGCAAGUAUUCGACAUGGGCACAGGCCUUCUCCUAGCCAACAUAAGCAGUGAUGAACCUGAGCUCUAUGUGUCCGGUCUUUCCGCCAGCAACUCUCUCUCAGUGGCAGUGAGAGCGUAUAAUAGGAAAGGGGCCAGUGAGCCUCUGACAUUGACGUCUACUCUGCUAAAAUAUCCUCAAAGACAUACAGCCCAAGUCCCCGUGAAAGUGGAGCUGACGACCGUGCUGAUAAUCGUCCUGGUGUCUGUCGGUGUCAUCGCCGCCAUGACAGCCGUGUCAGCCACCGUCUUCUGCUGCAAGCACUGCAAUAAUAAAAACAAUAAAAACGAGAAGGACAAGAGACAGCAGGAUGAAACUUCCAACAUGCCUUUGACAGGCACGAAAGAGUCUGAUAGUGUUGACAGUUUGGAUAAAAAUCCGGACAUUAUACCUCUAGACGGCAAAAUAAGCGACACCUGUUCAAACAAGUCUUCAACAACCGACUACAGCGCCAUCCGGCCUUUAAUCUCAAAGAACCCAGCAGAAAAAUACGACUCAGUCCCACCCAACUGUGACAGAUUCUACGAUCAUAACAUAGACCCAUGUAACCAUUACAUACAGAUCCGUCCAAUGGAGUACAGAGUACGGCCGACGUACCAGCCCAACCCUAUGGCCAACCUUGGGCCCAGUAUACAGAGUAUUGGGCCUAUGAGUAGUCUUGGAGUGCCGAAUGUUGGGCCAAAUGAUUGCCAUAGGCCGCCGUAUGAUAAGGUGUAUGAAGAUUGGCUGAAGUAUAAGAAUGCAUUGCCGUUGAAUACUAGUGGUUUGCUACCAGCCGAGCAGCUAAUGCCUCCCGAGCUAUACGCCACCCCUCCCCCCUCCCUCUACAGUAACCCGCGCCCUCUUCCCCUCCCGGAACUCGACCACCGGUAUUUGGAGAGCGGCCGGUGCUCCAACUCGCCCCCGGUCCGGUUCAACACGGACAACAGCGUGUAUUAUAAUAAGAUGAUGGAGAGGAGUACGAAUACUCUCCCGCAUUUGAAGAGAAUAAAUGGUAACACAAUGAAUCAAAAGCCUGAACUCAAACAAAGUGCCGGUAAAUCUACGGACACAAAUUUAGAACCUGUCAAAAUGGGCAGUCAAGAGUGCUAAAAAAAUCGACAUUAAAAAAGUGUUAAGUGUUGCCAGUGUGACAUAAUUAUGUGGCCAGAACAGUGUCAGUGUUGCCAGACUAAUGGCCAUAUUGUAUAGUUAAAGUAAGAAAUCAAGAAUUUUAACAGUUUUAUAAGUGUAGCUGUGUAAUAUUUUAUGACAGUAUUACAACAAAAUGGUGUUUUAUCGUGUUCAUAAGUGUAAUCUGGUUUUAAUACGAUAAAAAUAACUUACAAUAAAACUGCGGUCUAAAGUUUUUAUUUUAAGAUUAUAUGAUAUUAGUGACAAAUGGGGUUACUUUGACAUAGGGUUUGGUCAAAUGUUUAUAGCGGUAAUGUUUAUUCUUAGAGGUGUUGAAUUAACAUGCAUAUUUUAUUGCAUGGGAUGUUUAUAGGAACCCCGGUGAACAAAGUAACCCCAAUUUAUAUAUCAAUGACACUAUAACGUGUAGACAAAGUAUGAAUAAAUAAAGAAUGGUUGUAUAUUUGAUUCAUGAACAUUUAAGCACUGUUUAAUUGUACUUUUACGAAGUUUGUCAAAUUAUAUUUUUAUGAUUUACCUACUACUGCAAAAAAUGUAUCUUUCACUACAAUUAAAUACUGAUCAAGUAACGUUUCACUGCCUUAAAAUUAAUACUAGAAGCACGCUCAUGAAAAACCUACAGGGCAAAAUGUAGUUAUUACAUAAAUGUAUGUUGGUACUGGAAAACGAUAUAACCUACAAAAUAUCCAGGAAUUAUAAACACCCUAGUCCCUAAGUUUAAGCACAGGUACGAAGCUUGAACUUAUAUCUUGAAAAAUAUGGAUUCAUGGUAAUUUAGUAGGUAACGUUAACGUAUGUACACUUAGCAUCAAAAGUAGCGGAUUAAACAACACUACAGAAGUAUCUAUUAACUAUUCUGCAACCGCUAAACAAAAUGACAUGUUUGUAUACAUGGAAAGAAUAAUUAAACUUUGACAUUUCUGACCGCAAACUAUACAGAAUAAUCCAUAUUUAGAAAAGUUUUUCAAGACUUCAGAUGCUUUUAGUGCGUAGUUUCAACCGCUACUAUUGAUGCUCACUGUAGGUGAUGAUUUAUGUACUAUCGCAUAUUACUCAUUGGUCAAGAUUGAGUUCCAAGGGGUGUGUAAGACUGAGAAAUAUAAUCUAAUCUCAAUACAUAGAUAGUAUUAUUGAUUUACCAGAUGUUUAAAUUAAUCAUCAAUAUAAAUUUGGAAGAAAUCCCCAUUUUGAUUUAAUUAAAUAAGAUUCAUUGAUUGACUUUAAAAAUGUAUAUUUUGUUCUUUGAAUUUAGUUUUGGUUAUGAUGAUGAUAUUCAUUAGCUGAUUUGUCACUUCAAAAUACUUUUCAAUAGCAAAUUAACACUGCCAACCAGGGUGGAUACUGGUGGGAUAUUGUAAGAUAAAUCAAAAUUUAAGUUUUGUCCCUAUUCACCCCACUUAUCCCUUUUCACCCCGAUUAACAGGUUUUUGAAAAUUGGUUUAAAUAUCUUAUGUGAAAACCGUAUCAACGAUACUUAAAAAAAUGUAAAUAAAAUAUGUAAAUAGGUACAUAUGUAUAGGUUAUACACGAGUAUGUUAUACGAAAAGUUGCCAUAUAGUUAAAGUUUUAGCAAAUGUAAGAAUUAAAAUAAAAUAGUAUAAGUAAUAUAAUAUAUGAGACGAGCUUUCUGUUAUAAAACGAUGUCUUAGUUUUAUUUAAUUUUGAUUAAUUGCGAAUUGAAUAUGAGUAAGGUGAACAAUUUUAUUUUUUAAUUUUGAACUGUUUUCUAAGGAUGUUUUAUUAAAAAGCUUGAAGCUUAGUAGCAGGAUGAGAAAUUAUGAGCAAAUAACUUAACCACAUUUUUUUUUUAAACCCCUGACCGCGACAUAGUAGACCGAUUUUCAUGAAACAUGGUUAAGAACACUUCCGACUCACUCAGCUUUCAGACAAAAAAAAACUAAAUCC